AUGAGCAAGCCGGCCGGAUCAACAAGCCGUAUUUUAGAUAUCCCCUGUAAAGUGUGUGGCGACCGCAGCUCGGGGAAACACUAUGGGGUCUACGCCUGCGACGGCUGCUCGGGGUUUUUCAAACGAAGUAUCCGAAGGAAUAGGACGUAUGUCUGCAAAUCUGGAAACCAGGGAGGCUGCCCGGUGGACAAGACACACAGAAACCAGUGCAGGGCGUGUCGGCUGAAGAAGUGUUUGGAAGUCAACAUGAACAAAGAUGCCGUGCAGCAUGAGCGGGGGCCUCGGACGUCCACCAUCCGCAAGCAGGUGGCCCUAUACUUCCGUGGACACAAGGAAGAGAACGGGGCGGCCGCGCACUUCCCCUCCGCAGCACUACCCGCGCCGGCAUUCUUCACCGCGGUUACGCAGCUGGAGCCCCACGGCCUGGAGCUGGCCGCCGUGUCCGCCACCCCUGAGCGGCAGACCCUCGUGAGCCUGGCUCAGCCCACGCCCAAGUACCCCCAUGAAGUGAAUGGGACCCCAAUGUAUCUCUAUGAAGUGGCCACAGAGUCAGUGUGUGAAUCAGCUGCCAGGCUUCUGUUUAUGAGCAUCAAGUGGGCUAAGAGUGUGCCAGCUUUCUCCACGCUAUCUUUGCAAGACCAGCUGAUGCUUUUGGAAGAUGCUUGGAGAGAACUGUUUGUUCUAGGAAUAGCACAAUGGGCCAUUCCGGUUGAUGCUAACACUCUACUGGCUGUAUCUGGCAUGAAUGGUGACAACACAGAUUCCCAGAAGCUGAACAAGAUCAUAUCUGAAAUACAGGCUUUACAAGAGGUGGUGGCUCGGUUUAGACAACUCCGGUUAGAUGCUACUGAAUUUGCCUGUCUAAAAUGCAUCGUCACUUUCAAAGCUGUUCCUACACACAGUGGUUCUGAACUGAGAAGUUUCCGGAAUGCUGCCGCCAUCGCAGCUCUUCAAGAUGAGGCUCAGCUAACUCUCAACAGCUACAUCCAUACCAGAUAUCCCACUCAACCCUGUCGCUUUGGAAAACUCCUGUUACUUUUGCCAGCUUUACGUUCUAUUAGUCCAUCAACCAUAGAGGAAGUGUUUUUCAAAAAAACGAUCGGCAAUGUGCCAAUUACAAGACUGCUUUCAGAUAUGUACAAAUCCAGUGAUAUCUAAGCUCUCCAAGUCCCUACUUUUCAGGAUGGGACAGUAUCUGAUGAACUUCUACCCAUGGAGAACAAGCCUCAACUAACAAACCCUUCAGGAAGCAUAAACCUGGGAAUGUGUAGCCUUCAGGAAAAAAUGUCAAUUGACACAAAACAAUUCCAGUAGCUCUGACCUGCUGCCUCACCCAGGGUGGGGUGGCCUGGAAGGAAAGGGGGUGUAAGAGGACCGCCUGAGCAGAGAGGACUCACUGCUACCAUGCCCUGGGAGGGGACCGAAUUCGGGGUUGCCACAGGCCAGGCCAUUCUGCCUCUUACCUGGAAGAUCAGGCUGAUCUAUCAACAGCUGAAACAUAAGUAGAACAUUUUUUUUCCCUUUUAGCGUAUAAAGUUGGGUAACCAAAUAUAGUUCUGUGUAUAACAUCAUACAGCAGCCUUCAGAACUAUCUUAUGUUGAAGAACUUAUUUUAAAGAUAAUG